AUUUUUUGAGACCUAAGUGCGUGGGCCCUGGUUGAACUGUCGUGGAAUGACCCAAAGGGAAAUGCAGUUCAUUUUAAUAAGAGGCUGACCUGUUUAAUUUGUUGUACUAGCCUACUUUACUGGUUACGGAACAUUAUGGUGGAUUUCCCUUGUUACAGUUGAUUACACUGUUGCAAAGCCUGCUUGUUGUCAGUUCAAUCAUCGUUUACAUUGAUAUGGGAGGGUGAUUAGGCCUACAUUUUUUUUUAUCAGAUUUACUUCAUAGGAGCCCCAAUGUACAAUAGCCCCCUACCAGCCCAUCAGAAAAUAGUAUUUCUUGUCUUGUAUUUCUUGGGGAUAUACUACUCGCAACAAGUUAUGGAUAUCUGGCUUUCGGGUGAAAUUUAAUGUUUCAGUAAGUACCGAAGGCAACAACAUGAGACGUAAUGCCAAAACUUUAACAAGGGGAUAUAAUUUUGAGGUGAAACGGACGCUGUAUUUUUUGUUGUAAUAAUUAGAAUAUUUUAAAAUAUCUUUCAACAUAUCUUUUAAAAUAUUUUUGUAAUAUCUUUUUUAUAUUUUUAAAUAUCUUUCUCCUAGAAUAGCAUGUCCCCAUUUCCAUGCAACUUUCUGAACUUUUUCACCAUUUACAUGUUUGCGUUACAAAAGUAAAGAGGGACUUUCUGUGUAGAUUUCCAACUGACAAAGUCAGGCGCAAGGCAUGGGCAGCAAAACUGAGAAGAGAGAAUUUUACUCCAACACACUUCACCCUGCUCUGCAGCUGUCAUUUUAAACCUGAGGAUUUUGACAUAACUGGACAGACGGUCCGUUUAAGGGAAGGAGUGAUCCCAUCCAUUUUUAAGUUUCCUGAUCAAAGGCCUAGUACACCCAGGACAACCAAGACAUCACAAAAGGCAACUGUAGAAUUUCCACAUACACCGUCACAGUCACGUUCACCUGUCAGAGGACUUGAAGGACUCAACCUCAGUGAGGUGUCAAUCUCACGGACUAGUACACCCAAGACAACCAAGACAUCACAAAAGGCAACUGCAGAAUUUCCACAUCCACUGUCACGUUCACGUUCACCUGUCAGAGGACUUGAAGGACUCAACCUCAGUGAGGUGUCAAUCUCAGAUCAUCAGUAUGCCUUGGACCCACUUAAAGCAAAGCAGAAGUUAAUUGAAGCUCAGGAGGAGCUAGUGAGAUUACGACGGCACUUAAGAAAUGCUAGGGACAGAGAAAGAAGACAGAAGAAGACAGUGAAUGCCUUGUUAGAGGAUAAAAAAAGGACACAAAGCUGCUAACAGAGGAACUACAGGAGAAGCUGGAUUUCUGCUGUGGUUGGUUGACUUACUUGAUACAGGCUCUGUAAAACAGAAGAUUGUAACAUUUACCUCUGGAAAUGUUAACAAAAUCAGUACACCUACCUGUUAUUGUCACUUACAAAACCAUUAUUUUGUUUCUGUUUUGAAUUAUUUUAAAAAAUAAAAUAAAUGUGCUAAA